AUGGUAGCAAUGCCGCAGGCAAGUGGUGAGGACGUGGAGGAGCUGAAUAUAACAGUCGCGGUGCGUUGCAGGGGACGUAACGAAAGAGAGAUCAAAGCUAAGAGCUCAGUGGUUGUUUCUGUACCAGACGUUACAGGAUCUAAUGAAGUCUCGAUCAAUACUACUGGAGAUGUUGGAAUUACGGCUCAGAUUAAUUCCAAGACUUACACAGUUGAUGAAGUAUUUGGACCUAGUGCCAAUCAGAGCCUCGUUUUCCAAAAGAUAGCUGAACCUCUGUUUGCAGAUUUUAUUAAGGGUUACAAUUGCACGGUGCUUGUGUAUGGGAUGACAUCUACUGGUAAGACUUACACGAUGACAGGUGAUGAGAAACUGUAUGAUGGGGAGUUGAGUGAAUCUGCGGGCAUCAUUCCACGAAUCUUAUUCAAACUAUUUGAGACUUUGGAACUACAAAAAGAGGAUUAUGUAGUCAAAUGUUCUUUUGUCGAGUUGUACAACGAAGAGUUGAAAGAUUUAUUGGGAGAUUCACAGGAGAUAGCUUCGUCUCGUAAAUUGAGGAUAUUUGAUUCCAAUACGAUGAGUGCAGCUACAAACUCAAUGAGUACUGGCAAUAGUACAAAGAAUUCGAGAAAUAAUUCUCCUAGAUCUUCUUCAGAGCUACCGACAGCUACUUUUCUAAGGAAACGCUGGAAAACGGCACCAUCUGUAACUCAGUCCCAUCAAAAUUCACAGGAUCAAAAUGCUGGCAUUUACAUACAGAAUUUACAGGAUUUCCAUAUCACCAACGCCAAGGAGGGUAUCAAAUUACUACAAAAGGGCUUGAAACAUAGACAAGUGGCUACCACUAAGAUGAAUGACUUCUCGAGCAGAUCGCACACGAUCUUUACAAUAACUCUGUAUAAAGAGUACAAUGGCGAGAUUUUCCGAGUCUCAAAGAUGAACCUGGUCGAUCUCGCAGGUUCAGAGAAUAUAAGUCGAUCAGGGGCUCAACAUCAACGUGCUAAGGAGGCUGGUUCCAUCAAUCAAAGUCUCUUAACCUUGGGGAGAGUCAUCAACUCAUUAACGGAUAAGAGUUUGCACGUUCCAUUCAGGGAGUCAAAAUUAACGCGACUCUUACAGGAUUCGCUUGGUGGUAAUACGAAGACAGCUUUGAUUGCAACAAUAUCUCCUGCCAAGAUCAAUUCGGAAGAGACUUGCAGUACGUUGCAAUACGCAGCCAAGGCUAAAAACAUUAAGAAUAAACCGCAAUUGGGGUCCGUGAUAAUGAAAGAUAUCUUGGUUAAAAAUAUCACAGGUGAGUUGGCCAAGAUCAAAGCUGAUUUGUUAUCAACGAAAUCAAAGGAGGGCAUAUACAUGAGUCAGGAUAAUUACAAAGAACUCACAAAUGAUCUUGAGAGUUACAAGACAGAAGUAAAGGAGUGUAAAAGAGCCAUUGAAACGUUAACCUCACAAAAUACUCUUUUGCUCAAGGAUAAGAAGGCAUCGAACGAAGUCAAUGACUUACAAAGAAUUAAGUUACAGAAUAUGAGAGAUGCAAUGAGUGAUUUGUACUCAAAAGCUGAAAAGCAGAACAAAAGGGAGCAAAAUUUGGUCGCUACGGCUUCUACACUCAAGACAACCGUAGGAACUAUGCAAAGUAUCAUAAAAGAGCAUGAAAGGCGUGAAAGAGAUAUUGAGUCAAAGAUGGGUGAUUUAUUCAAUAAUGAGUUUGCGCGAGUCAAGCAAACGAUUCUCAGCAAUAUUAGAGACAUAGAGCAACAAAUUGACUGGGAAAAUAUUGGUGUGCAAGGAAAUAUCGACUCAAUUAGAGGAGAAAUUUCAAAGCUACUAGAAAGGGCACAACAGCAAACAGACGAUAUGUACAAAGACUGUGUGGAGAAGAUACUAGAUGAGACCCCAGGACAUUUUCAAUUAGCUGCUGAGAAGGUUUCUGAAGUUGAAAAGCUGAUCGCAACGUGUCACAGAGAUUUAACAGAAAAUUUGUCUGACGUAAGCGAAGAGUUUAAUAAUUUGAGGCAGUACCUCAAUGACCAUUUCUUCAAGAAUAAUCACGAAGAAAUUUUGGUGUCUCAUAUCGACAGAACUUAUCAUCACAUUCAAACUUCUGCCGAUGAUCUAUUUCAGCAAUUCAAGGAAAUGAUGGAUAAUCACCUUGAGAAGAACAAGGAUCUCAUGCUUGAGAGCUUGAAGACUGCCACUUAUGACGUUAUCCGAAAGGAAAUGCAGUUGUUUGAACCUCAGAAGAAAAAGUGGGAAGACUCAUUCAAAUACAUCAAUAAAUGUGACUCAAUAAACUUCGCGUUCCAAAAUGGUGUCAAAUCUCCACUUUUGGGUAUAAAAUCUACCCUAGGAUCUUCUCAAGAAGCAAUCAACAAGACGAUCACUAAGGUUAAAGAGCAGAUGGAUGAACAUGAGAGUCCUGCCUCAAUGUUGAGCAAUAGCCGUGUCUUCAGCGAGCAGUUUUCUGGUAUCUUGAACAAACAAUCCCUGCUGCAUGAAAGCCUGAAGAAAAGCGUCAUCAUUACGAGUGAUCACGCUGAUGCCGUGGACAAAUUGAAGGAGGCUAUCGACCACGUUGUGAGUGAAAGAGGUUCUUCCAUGGAAGGAGAGCGUGUUGAACAUGUUGACGGCAUUCUGCGAAGGAUGGAUGAGCAAAAUCUACUCUACUUAGACCGGUCUCCUUUAAGACCUGCAAACUUCAAAAUGAAUAAGAGUGAGCGAAAUAGUCCGAACAGAUCAAGUCCAUGCAAGUCUGUUUCUCAUUCACCGUGUAAACAACCAGUGUGUCAUCCCAGGAUCAAUUAUAAACGAUCUCUUACUGACCUAAAUGACGGACAAGAAGAAGGCCUCAAUAAGCUGUCUCGACAUCGUUGCGGUUAA